UGACGGUAUUUCAUGAAUAAAUGUCAAAAUAACACUCUCUCGAUGCCAAGUGACUAUUAUUGUUUUUACAAUGUUAUUCCGCGUAUUUUCAUAAAUUGCAUCGAGAUCGAGUGAAUCGCGACCGCGUUAAUUAACAUUUGGCAUAAAAAAUUAUGUGCCAAACGCGUACCGUGGCCGGUUUUGAUAGAUUAUCCUAACUCUUGAAAAUGUCAAAUUGUUUUUUAGUGUUUUGUAUGUAUUUUUGUUACAAAACGCGGUUUAGAUUGUUGCUAUUUAGUGUAAAUAAGUGUUGUGCGACUGUUUAGUAUCAUGUUAGGGCUAAUGGUUGUGUUUGUGCCGAAAUAUCGCUGUGUGAAGUGUGAUGGUGAGGUUAGUUUUUGUUCCCGCUAUUAUGUUGUCCCUGAUCUUGUAUCCUGCCUGCGGUUCGUGCCGGCUCAGUUCAUUCCGGGGCGAACGGGUGCUGGACUUCUUAUCCUCAAUGGGUUCACAUUUUAUAUGAAGAAUCACCAAGCACAUGGGAAGAAGCAAUGGUAUUGUUCCUCAAGAGAUGUUCACGGCUGCCGAGCUGAUGUCAUCACAUAUAAAGGUAUUUACUACCUCCCAUCGCACAGAACUGGCAGUAUGGUCUUGAUAUACAACGACAACAAGUAUUGGAUCAACAACCGGUAUCAAAACACCAUCAACUGGACUUGUAGGGAUCGGAAGAGACUUGGAUGCAACAGCUGUGUGCAGACCACUAUUGAAGGAAGGUACCUGAAGCAUAAAGGUUUCCACAACCAUGAGGAUAACUACACCAAGUACAACUUUAAUGAUUGAUGUCGAGGACUACCUACUUUGGCCAGUUAUCAUACCUGUUGUAGACUGUUCGAUGCAUUGGUCACCUGUAUUCUGUAUAUGUUUAUAUAUCUCAUUUCCCUUAAUUUUAGCAAUUUCCUGAGAUGCAGGUGGUUACUGAGUAGCAAAGUUAUACUGUAUAAUAUUUAUAAAUAUACUCUAAAAAAAUUAUAUUAUAUGCCUAUAGCGAAUUUUUAUUAAGUUUUGAAACUCAAAUAUUACUAGUCUUUUUGAAUACUGAUUAAAUAAUUGAUCUGUACUAUUUAUCCCAAUGUUGGAGUACUUAAAUAACUUUGUCUAAAUUUUAUAAAUGCAGACAGUACCUAGAUAAUAAAAUAAGGCUUGCAAAUUUUCCCGCGUUAACAGGACAUGCGCCAUUUUGACUGGCCUCAGUAGUUGCAUAGAUAAUAUAUAAUUUCGCAUUUAUCGUACAUAUUUAAUUAGGUAAAGGAUAUAUUAUUAUAUAGGUAAUUGAAAACUUUGUUAUAGUGACUAGGAAUCUAAAUAUAGUACUUUGUCAAUCAGUAAAGUAACAAUGGUUUUUGUUAUUUUGAAUUUUUGUCAGCCAUAUAGGUAUUAACGGCUCAAAUAGUGUGGAAGGGUUUUUUUUAGGAAAAAAAUGGAAUAAUGUGUCCUAUUUCAGUUCUAUAUUUAUUAUGGUAGCAAUGUGAAUAGAUUUUUUAAGUAUAGGUAACAAUAUUUAAUAAUUUAGUUUUUUAUUGUUCGUUUGGUGCAUUUAAAAUUCAAAUGUCGCAUGAUGGCACUUGCGUGUAUAAUGUGCGUGUACUUUAUGCAAAAUUAACUUAUUUUUUUUAGUUAAUUUACUUUAUUGACUGAAGGACUUAAUAAAUGCAUCUCUUUUUCAUUCCCCGUCAUCAUCCCUAAUAUACGUUUAUAAUCUACAUUAUAUUAUACAAAUUAGAUGUUUAGUAAAUACGCCACCUAGUGGCCUUUAGACGCAAUCAAGUAAUUAGCUCGUUUAUGUAACAAGAGAUGGCGUGAGUAACUAGUUAGAAAAAUUAGAUGCGUGUGCUCAUAUGAGCUUGGAUUUAUAAUAACGUAUACAUACUUAUUUGUAUUUAGAUUUUUAUAAAGUUAUAUCAGGUUAUAUUAAAUUUAGAAGACAUAUUGUAUCCAUGUACGUAAUUUACUUGAAAAACUAAAUAUUAUCUUAACUAGUCAUAAAAUGUUUUCCUUCUCAAUGAACAUGUGUGCCAAAUCGUUAUUUAAAAAAGUUUACAUAAAUCAAUUGAAUUGUUAUUCUAUUUUUUUUUAUAUAGGUACUUUAUACUGAAAGUAGUUUCCAUCUCUUAAAGUUAAAGGGUACUUAAUUUUGAGGUGCCUGUUAUUUUUUUAUUUAUUUUUUAUAUCUAAAUUAAGUUCUGUCAAAGUAUACUCAAAAGACGGUAUUCAUUCCAGUGAUUUUUUUUAAUUUAUUUUUUUAUUUUUUUUACAUUUCUUUUGUAAGUCUGUAGCUUUUGUACUUAUGUAUCGUAUGACUAUAAUGUUGUUUAUUGGUGAAAUAAAGACAAACACUGAAAUGCUGUCAAUUUCAAUCUCCUCUAUUUAAAAAUAAGUAAGUAUUUUCUAUCUUUGUACCUGUAGUUACCCUCGUAACACAAAUUUAAUACAAUUAAUUAUGUUUUACGGUUUACUGACCUAACUGUUUGAGAUGGUGCUACACUCCUCGCGUCGUCUGUCGCGCAAUGCUCUGGGCAUAAGUAUAGGCCCCGGCAUAGCUUGAAACUAAUCGAGCUAACACGUGAAACAGUUUCGUAAGUGAAUUGUAGAAUAUAAUUAAUAAUGCCAUCUUUUGACAUUUCUUUUUUAAAAUUUGUCCUUCCAGCGAUGUUCGUAACUUCAAAAAAAGGCGCCACUUUGCUUAUGCUUGAGAACUAUAGUUACACCAUGGACACUAACUUCUCUAGAGAGGGUAAAAGAUGGAGAUGCUCGAAGAGGACUUCAAGAAGAUGCUACGCUUUCGUCAUUGUUAAUGGCGGAUUAAUCGUCAGAUGUCAUGGUGUCCACAAUCACGAACCUGAUGACUAUCGGUUGAGGAACGGGGUUUAUUAUAGGAUGAAUGAAUCGGUUAAUGAUGGUAUUUAAUCUUUCUAUCUUUUGUUGUUCAUGAUUGUGAGUACAUCAUCAUCAAAGAGGAAGGAUAAAAUGGUACAUAGACUUCUUUUCUUUACUUUCAUGUGAUUACCCUCACUGUCCUUACUUUUGUCUCUAACGAGAUCCAUAUACCAGAAUAUGUACCUUUCCUUUCCUAUUCAGUGAAAUUUGAACAAAAUGCCAAUGUGUCAAAACAAAAUUCUAUUAAGGAAUAAGAAUCCAUUAUUUCUUCACAGAUUUUCCGGUUAAGUAGUUAACAAUCUUAGCAUGCUAGUUAAGAGUGAUCUUAAAAACAAUCUUCACAAAAAGUCUCCUGUGUCGAUUUCGUUAUAGGCUCUAUGGACUACAUAAUAAAACUGUGUUUAAUAGUUUGUUUUUACAUCUACUUAUUUCAUUUAUAAUUACUGAUUUAAAGACUGCUUUUUUUGUUACUUUUCCUGCUCAUCUAUGGACUAACGUAUUUGGCUAUGGUAACCGUACUACCGUAGGCGAUGCUUCAAAAACAUUUUGAUGAAAUGCGUAUCUUACCUUGACUUAAAUAACAUCUAGGGCUCCUCUCACUAGAGCUAUGAGAGUAGUGAACGAAGUCCAUGAAAGGGUGGAUGUAUUGUGUUGCAAUGUGAGUGAAUUCGUAAAAGUUACGUUGUAUAUAUUAUGUUAUUCAAAUGUUAAUUAAGAUUAUUAUUUCAUUUCAUUUU